UGCUGUGCAGUUUGUACUGCUUUUUAUUUAUUCCUACGUGAGCAGACCUAGUACACUUCUUGCAUAUAAACAGUGAAAAUUACAAUAUAAAGGACUUAUUAUACCUUCUUUUGGAGUAAUUUUACUGUUAGUCAAAACCCUGUCUGCCCAGCAAAGCUAAGGAGAUACAUUUUUCUGCAGGUAAUUCCACUGCUUCAAGGAGUUGAAGCCCAGUUAAACCACCCGGAACUGGUGACUACAACAAAAAGACUCCUUAUGUAUAGCUGUCCUUCUUGGAUUUGAAAAUGUGAUGAUCCUGAUGCUCUGCUUCCGUGACAUACUGCAUCGUAGGGAGGAAAGACUCACAGGUGCAAAUUGCUAGAAACCGGCCGCCCGGUGACCUCCAUGAAAGCCGACUGAGCUGGACCUGCCUGCCUUCUCUUCUUAGUCUCCGGGGCUGAUUUGGUUGAUGCAGAGCUGACAAGAGCUGGAGUAAAGGCUGCAACUGCAGUAACUGCUCCCCCUGGACCCCCGCCCAGGCCAAGCCCUGCUGACUUUUGUUAGAUGAUUUAGGAUGAUCAGCUUUCAUCGCUAGAGGAAGGGAGAGGCGUAAAGAAAAAACUAUGGCCCUCCAAAGAGAAACUUCUCUUUGACACAAAUAGAUAUGCUCCUCGUAGAUCACCAUGUGUCAUCAGAAAAGCAAACAUACCAAUCGCUCAUCAUGCUCAUUAUUUACACUUGAUUCCGAGAAGACAAAUUUAAAGCAUCCUCAAAUCCAAACUGGAAUCUGAUGCUCCGGGACAGACAAUGGUGAGCCAAAAGGCAUGAGCGAAGAGUACACUCUCUCCACAAUCUGGAGGCGGUAAACCUUGUUCCGUCCACUGACUAACGAGACACAGAGGAAGGCAUUGAAGGUGCCUGUUUCCUCCACAAUCAUCUGCCCACUAGCUAUCUCUAGGGAUUGGGCAUUUAACAAUUUGCCUAACUCAUAACUGAUCUAACCGGUAAUUAUCUCUGCAAUGAAAUAAUACUCCCUCCUCUCGGGGAAACAUGAAAAAUAUAAUCACUAACUAGAAUCCCAGGCUGGAAAGAGCCUGCAGAGCGAUCCACACGAUGAGGAAGGGGCAUUUUGUCCUCCUCCACCUCUGCUGGCUUUUUGCGGCGCCUGGAGCCCAGGCACCGGACGCCACUCAGAACACCUCAUGAAACGAGCUGGAGAAACGCCCUGUGACUCACAGGCCUUCCACUGAGAGUCAAUGGCCCAGCAAAGCAUGAAAGUGCGACCAGUGCUUCUGAAGCGGAACAGCCUGGACUCGGUGGAUUUCAUCAAGGCGCCCCACCACCGCAGGAGCAAAUCGCAGCAAGUCCGGUUCAAGGAGGAUGGGGCCAACCAGCAACCCACUGACGUGGGGGAAGCGGAUCCCCAAGAGACCGGGAACCCAACCCUGACGGGGAAGACGCGGGUGUCCAGGUCCCACCACCCACCCGGCUAUUCCCUCUCUCUCCCCCGAUCGCGAGGUGGGAAUAUCCGGAACAUCGCUAUCCAGACCUCCCCUAGCCUCAGGAAGCACUUCCCAGUGUUCAAAAGGAAGAAGCUGACCGCCAGCAAGUCUCUGCUGGAGAUGCCCACCGAAUCGAAGAGCUCUAUCCAACUGAACGGCAACCUCUCCGAGCAGGACGCCGUGGCUUCGGACCUUGCCUACUUAAGCAUUACUCCGCCUUUCGGAGAGGAGCCUAAGAGAGGCAAGAGAGCUCAUCCUUUCUUCUCCAGAGUGGUCAAGGUGCAAAGCAACGGGCCCCUCAGUGUAGCCAUGGACCCAGGGACUUUAGGAAAGCGAGAGAAGGCCACAGCUUCUACCCAGGUCCCGGAGGAGGGACCAAACAGUCCUCCGUGUGAAGCAAAAGUCUUCAUUUGUGGCCGAGAGCCCACUGGUGAGUUAAGUUCUAUGAUACAGCCUUCUGAAACAAGCAGGACGGAUGGCAACACCGUGUUGCCCUCUGUUUCAGAAAAGCCUUCCUCCUGCCCAAAUGCCACCAGCAGAGUCCGUCCCCAUUGUGACUCCUACCAAGCAGAUACACACGAUCCCAAAUCGAUUUUUCCCAAAGAAGACUCUGCAUGUACACAGCCAGCUCCUUCUUCACCUCCAUUAAAGGAAGCGUGUAAUCCACCAGCUCCGCUCACUCCCAGCUCCUCUCCCAGCCUCUUCGGAGACCUCGGACAGUCCACCCACCUCGGAUCGGCUUCCGACUGGGUAACGCUGAGUAACGAUAAUCAGGGCCUAAUAACACUGGCAGCUGGUAAUGCAUCAAAAUCCGCUCCCUCCUGUCAGGGGGAGAUGGAGAAAAAUUCCACCCAGUCCGAUGCUCCAGAGUUUAAAACUGGUUUAGAAAGCUUUCACAUCCAGCCCUCUCUCCCAAAGAAGGAAAUAAAAGCUCAAACCAACAAAGAGAUUAGAGAAAUUAAUCAAAUUCACCUGGCACACGGUGAACUCUGUGACCUCCAAGGCAGACUGCAAUCCGUAGAGGAAUCUUUGCACUCAAACCAAGAGAAGAUUAAAGUCCUUUUGAAUGUAAUUCAAGACUUGGAAAAAGCCAGGGCCCUAACAGAAGGGCGCAACUUUUAUCGCACUGGCCAGGAUCUCAACAACUGCAGCACUUGCCAGAACACAGCAUGCAUCAUAUAUAGUGUAGAAUAUGACUUCCGACAACAGGAAGGCAGAUUCCAUCAAGUCCUAAAGACCCUGGAUCAAGUGGAACAGAUUCCGGAAAUGUCCCCUCCACAGCAGGUGCCUGUAGACCCUCCCGUCCCCGAAAAACAGGACAUUCGAAGAAAAAGCAAAAAGAUGAAAAAGAAAUGUUUCUGGUGGAUUUGAGCUUGCUAGUUACCACUGGCUACCUGAUUCCCAGUCUGCCUUCCAGAAGAAGAAGAGCUGUAACUCGAGGCUUUCCAGCUCUGCAGUGAAACCACAAACAAAGCCAUGGUACCAUGCUCAUCAAUCAGCACUCAGAGGACAGAACUGUGGAAGCUGACAACUGAGCUUGAAAAUAUACACAGGAAAAAAAAAGACUCAUCAGCUUGUCCACCAUGUAUUUUAGGGGUUAGAGAUGCUUAGCAGACAGCAAACCAUUAACCGUCAAAUAAUAAAGCCAAAUUUUUGUGGUUGGAAAUGGAAGAGGAGGAAUGCAAAUGGCCACUCCCACAUCAGUCAAGCAACAAGUGGGAUUUAUUGAGCACAUACUGUGUGCAGAGCACUGGACUAAGUUUUUGGGAGAGAACAAUACCAUAGAGUUAGACACGAUCCCUGCCCUUGAGGAACUUACAGUCUACGAGGAAUUAAGUUUAACCUCCCAUAGCCACAGACCCCACAACUCUCAGCAUGAACUGACCUCACCUAACAGGUAGGAAAGCUAGGAAGAUUGUGGGAACAGGAGGGUCCCCAAAGGGCUGGCUGCACUCUGCACUCUUGAGGGCAAAGGCCUGUUAUGAGCCAUGAGUAGCAUUAAACCAUCACUUUUUCUCUGACAUCAGCAAUCCUUAAGCACAAGGGAGGAAAGAAAGAAACCACAGGGAAAAUCCUGUUUGGUAAAAAUCAUUUUUAUUCUUGAACUUUACAAGGUAGCACAGUACAGUGUCCCAAGUUGUCGAUUUCAUUUCAUGCUGUUGAAACACCCCAGACACUUGAAUUCUGGGGAUGCCCCCACCUAGGAGACCAGCAGGUGUCUGGCCAGGAUUCCACCCCCUUGUCCAGCCUGACCUCCACGUUUCUCUUAGUGAAGAAGAGGAAGGCAAGCCAAGAGUCUGCCAACCCCCAUUCUGCCAGUGCACGAACCAAGCACUGUUUUUCCCAGAGCUGCUGGGCAAUAGGAGGGCUUAAUUCCAGCCCUCCUCAAGAUGGACAUUUGGCUGAGUUCUUGAUGAGAGUCUGUAUGGCUUCUUUGGGGACCAGUCACCUGCAACUUUUCAAUAGUCGCAAGAUUCAGUAACAAGUCCACAUUCUCACUGCCCAUUACAUUUUGUCCUUAAUUAGCUGGGAAAAAUGUAAAUUUUAGAGCUAACACAGUGUCAUGAUUCUGUUCACUCCUUGACUGGUCUGUCAAGCAGCAUUUGGAGGACUGUGGGCUUCGGCUGUUUUGCUGGGUUCAUGAAACAAUGACAAGGUAAUUGAAUUUUUGCUACACUCUUGGGAAAUGGCAAAAAAAAAAGGGUUAAUGGGCCUUAAAGCUAAAUUAAAUUCUACCCAGCUUGUAGAAGCCUCUUUUUUGUGUAAUUUGCAGGAAUCGUGAGCUAUCAUGUAGCUGUACAUAUAAAAUACCGGAACAUCAUUUCAUAUAGAGCUGAAAAAACAAUAUGUGGUUAUAGAAUAAAUGUGCUUUUGAGCAAGCUACAGGAUGAUCCUGCCAAGCUCCCUUGAAGAGAUUUGUGUUCAUUCCCCAUACAUAAGGUACCUCUUACCCAACUAAGUGUGUUGUACUGCAGGUAGGAUCACUUUCAAAGUACUGCAUUGGACAAAAUAUUUUCCAAGGGAGAAAGGGGAAAGGCACAGAAAUUCCUUAGCUAUUAUGCUCUUAGAGUAUGUCUCACUUAAGAUGCUCUGGGGCUAAUUCUAUAAUAUUUAAACCCACUGUCACUCAUAAUCUAACUUUGGAUUAUAUAAUACUGGGUAUACCUCUCCUGCCCCAGAAAGCCAACACUUAUUACAUAUAUAUUCCCGAGGUCACAUCAAAAUAUGAUAUAGAACAUUAAAAGCCACAGGCAUAUAUUUUUAUAAAUCCCUUUUGAUGGCCCCUUUAUUUCCACACCCUCCCAGAGGUUAGGGGCUCAGAUACCCUUAUCAGGGGGCAGUGAAACAUAAUUAUGCUAGGAAUUAUUUCUCUAACAGUCAGUUUCUUGGAAAGAUGAGGAUCUUUACCAAAGCACAGCUCAGUCUCCCUCAGGGUCCAGUCUCGGAAAAGGGAAGAGGAGCAUCCCAAGACCACACAGAUAGAGCCACCUUCCUGCCAAAUAACUAGCACCAUUUGGGGAAUAAGAAACCACCUAUCCACUCAUGGCAAAGCUCCACCUAUUUUGUGAUAUAUUGUACAGCAUCUACCAUUAUAUUCUACAGAAAUACUGUACUUGAAAUUGCUCAGUUUCAUGGAGAUAGCUCAACCUAGCAAAAAUGAUUUUUUGUAAAAAAAAAUAAAAAAUUUGAGGACUAUGACAUCCACGAAUUCUAAAUUAUAGGAAUUCACGCAGCUACUUUCUCUGUAGUUCAACAAAAAUUAACUCUCACUACACUUGGUACUAAAUGCUAGCUCAUCUAUAGAGCACCUUCUUAAAAAUCUGAUGUACUAAUGUAAUGUUUUGUAAAUUUCUAAACUGUUUUAAAUAGGAUACUAUCUUUUGCAAUAAACUUACAUAUUUUUUCCUA